ACAACACGCCCGGAAUAUUUCAGCACUAAACCGGAGCUGCUGCGCUUCCGCUUCUGUCGCCAGGCGAGGGUCUGUCGCUCUCACACAAAGCUGCUCUUUAACUCCGGCUGGGGAUUUUAUUGUCGCGCUUUUGGACGUGUUCUGCGAACGCCGUACAUUUUUACGUAAGCUAGCGCAGAGACAGAGAACAUGGAAGACUGCAACGUCUCGGAGGAAAAGGGGCCGAUUUCUCUUGUGAUAAAGACGCCCAGCCAGGUUCAUGGCGAUCAGUUGAUCGAGGGUGUAAACGUCAGCUGGACGGUGAAGGAUCUGAAAGCGUAUCUGGCAGAUGUCUAUCCGUCCAGACCGGCUGAGAAAGACCAGAGACUUAUCUAUUCAGGCAAACUGCUUCCAGACCACGUUCAUAUCAGAGAUGUUUUCAGGAAGACGGACACCGUACCCAUUAUUCACCUUGUGUGUGCUUUCAAACCCCAGCCUGGUUCUCAGCAGGGAGCCAGACCCAAGGUCAAAUCAGCAGAGCAACAGCCUUCUUCAGAUCCGGCUCGGCAGAGCACAGACCCCACCACUCCAGCACCAUCUGUGCCUACUGUGUCCUCCACCAGCGGCCUCAGACAGCGGGGUCACCCUGCCCCUGCUGUGCCCAGUGCUGAAUGGCCUGCCACAGGCGCUGGCACGAGCACAUCCGCCAGACCAGCAGCUAUGAACCAUCCAGCCUUCCCUACCUACUCACUCUACAGUCCACAGCAACUAUUGUGGCUGCAACAUAUGUAUGCUCGCCAGUACUACAUGCAGUAUCAUGCUGCCAUGGCAGCUGCCGCCUCUACUUCUAUAGCCCCAACUGCUCCAACUGCUGCUUCAGUUCCUGUUGCUCCACAUCAGGCUGCUGUACCUGCAGCUCUACCCAAUCAGGGCCCAAUCAACAAUCUGCCUGCCAAUCAGAAUGCCCCAGACCCUGCUUUCAUCAACCCAGAAGGGGCUAAUCAGAAUCUGAGGAUGAAUGCUCAGGGCGGGCCUGUGAUGGAGGAUGAGGAAGACGUGGAACGCGACUGGCUUGACUGGGUGUACACCGCCUCCCGUUUUGCCGUGUUCCUGAGCAUCGUUUACUUCUAUUCCAACCUGAGUCGAUUCAUCCUGGUGAUGAGCAGCCUGAUUCUCAUGUACCUGCACACUGCAGGAUGGUUCCCAUUCAGACAGAGAGCUCAGGUCAGGGCUCCAAACCAGCCAGCACCAGAGGUCAUUCAGAAUCAGCAGAACCAGGACCAGGAUGGACAACCAGAGCCGGUGGCAGCCCCUACUGAAGCAGCAGUCGGAGAGGCAGAGGAAGAGGCUGAUGUUCAACCCUCUGUGACUGCAGUUCCUGUGUCUCCAGUUAGGCCUCCCAUUCUUUGGACAGCAUGGGUCUUCUUUAAAGCUUUCUUUGCCUCUCUAAUCCCUGAGGUUCCUCAGGGUGUGGUCAACUGAGUGCAGGAAAAGCUGAAAUCUACAUGUAGAUGGACGGAUAUGGCAAACCGUUACAUCCGCACUGAGGAAGCACCAACUCUGCCUCCUCUUGAUGGACAUUCUCAGUCUGCUUAGAGUGGAGCUUUUUUGAAGGAACUUUGUAAGCAUAAUGUGCGAUUCCUGGUGUAGUCUUUUAUUGUCAAGUGAAGCUCCAGAAUCGCUCAUUCAGCACUUUUGAGCAGUUUGGCACUGUGACCAAAAACCUAAUUUCUUCCUUUGGCCAAACGGUUGUGUAUAUAAUGUAAAUGAGUGCUGGAUACAGAUGUAAAUAUUUCUGUACAGUUUUGCACAGCACUUUAUAUCUCCAUGCUAGCAUUGGUCUCUCAGUCUGACUGUUAUACAGGGCUCAUGUCAUCAGCACUUCAUUUUCUCAGAGUGCUGUAAGAUGAGUGAUCCAGGGAUUAAACCCAGGAACAGACCACGGCUUAUCUCAUCAUGACUCAAGCAUGAUUGACAAUGAAGCUCAUUCAUCGUUUCUUUGUGUACAAAUGCCUUUUGUGGCUGAGGGCGCUCAUGGCUGGCACUUUCACAGUAUAAGUUUUCUUCUUUUUUUCUCCCGGAAUUAAUUACUUGCGAUUUCAUUUUCCACGGCUUAUUCUGUACCUUAGAGCUGAAAGGGACGUACACAAGUAAUGUGGAGAAGGUGAAUCAUACAGAUAUAAUAUGAAUAGCAUAGUAAGUGAAUCAUACAAAUAAAAUAUUAUGAGCAAAUGAAGCUGAUGUGGCUUCUGGAUCAAACGAAGUAGGGCAGACCUCGAUUUGAAUCCUCCAGCUUAUUUACCUAAGGCUACUGCCCACUGGCAUGUUAAAGAAGUGAGCAGGAACCCUGAAAGCAAAUGAGGCUCAGUACUUUGAUGAAACAAAUCAUAAAUGAAGGUUUUGAUCUGGUAUUUAUCAGUAUGUUUUUUCAUUUCAUUUUCCUUUCAAAAGGAAUCAGCUUGGCUAAUGCUAUUAAGAUAUGCUAUUUAACUUUGUACAAGGACGUGAAGUAAUAAACUCCUUU